GCUAGAAGUCGCAGUAGGUACGAGAGUUACCACUACCAAUAAUACCACCGUCAACAGCACUGAUACCACCAGAACCACGUCUAACGCCACCACCCACCACGUUGUCAAACGCCACUUCUACCAGCGCGACUAGCUACGCCACCACUACCACGUCUAUUAAGCUUAAGUGUAGCAACAUCACCAAAAGGAGAAGGACGAGCACCAGGAUGAAAUCUCUUUUUUCGACUCGGUUGCUGGCCCAACGUUUUGCUGUGGAAGCGACAAUCAUCAUCCAAAGCGGCGUUCCCGUGAACCUCGCAAUUUUCCUUGUGUUUUUAAGAGGAUUAGAUGGAAAUCGAGAUCUGGUUUUUUCUUCUCCUCAUCCAUGAUUAUACAUGAUAGAAGUUGAAGUUACUCAGAGUAGUCUUAUUCAUUAUGUUUUUACGAGGAUUUACUAGUACAAAGUCUCAUGACUGUUUUUAUGAACCUAGUGACUGUAGUUUUUUUACUUCUACUUGUUGCUUCAUCCUCUCACUUUUCGUUUCUCAGCGUAGUCCUUCUGUUUUUAUGAGCAUGUACUACAUAUUCAUAUAAUACAGGAGAGUCUCUGUUGUAUUAGCAGACAACAGUCGAUAAGAAGGAUCCCUAACCUAAUCUAACCGGACGGCGAUCGAUCUUUUUGAUUUCACUGGAGGUGCAUUGUGUGUGCCUUAUCAUUUUUUUCCACGACCUACCAUUCAACCUAGUCGUGGCUGUUUUUUUACUUCCAGGUAUAAGGCUAAAAUUCAUGAGCUGUGGGAAGUAGUUUCUCAUGAAUGGGUUUUCUACUACAACUACUACGAGGACCACUACAUCAACUACUUCAUUCUCUAACUUUUCGUCGAUUAGCAGUGGGUAUUGGACACGGUGUAGGUGCGGCGAUAUUGCCUUUCCUCCUUUACUACACUUUAUGUUGUUCUUCAUCACAGAGAAUGAGAAAAAUCUCAAUCUUCUUCCACGCCGAUUCUUAUUUCAUCUUUCGUUCUUUAUUCUCAGUAGUACAAGAAAUACCAGCACUUUUGUUCUUGCCGAUACCUCCAGUACGAUGUGGCCAAGGUCAUCAUAGAUGAAAAGGAGUCUGAUGUGCCUGGAGGUCUUAGACGAGAACGUGUGAAGAUAAGUUGUCAAUGGAGGCUCUUUGAGAUUUAGGGAGGCACAUAUGACAUGACAUGGCAUCUUUGAGAUGCUGCGAGUUUAGACCACCACUGAUAGCAUUACUAAGUAGAUGGUACUCCUUGGGUUUACAACUACUGCUAGAGUGGGUUUGCUACCAAGAAUACGAGUACCUCUGGUGUUACUUUUUUUAUAUCAUUCAAAAGCGGUUACUAAUGUGGAGUCCAUCGUCAGAAGUGUUUUUUUUCAUGUAAGCGAUUGCUUUGGAAUGGGACCACGAGGAAGAACAAAGAGCACGAACAAUUUUCUGGGAACGCUUUCGAUCCAAGGUGGCGACGUCUUCUUCGCUAUACUAUGGAUGAUGUAACAGACCAUAAUUUUCUUGGCUGCCUCUACUUUUCCGCGUGAACAAAGUGUAUAAUUAUAGGUAAAAGGGCGGGGGCGGCCCGAUGGUCUGCAUCUAGAGGGGAGAAAAAACGCCAUUCAUAUAUGCUCUCGCAGCCGAGUACUACCAAGCAAGAAUCGUAAAGGUAAAGCUGAAAGCAGAUGACUUUUACGGUCGAUUCUUUCCACACUAGCUAGGAACAACUAGGAUCUUGUUUCACCGGUGGUAGAGAAUGGUCAUCAGCGACGUAUGAUGAUAAUCAUCAUGAGGCUCUACUUCUGGCGCUUCCACCUUGCUUUUUCUAGGUCGCACCCACGCCUGUGAAGGCACCUUUCUAUUUGCUUAUGCUUCUUUCGUUCAAAAUGAAAAUGAUAGCGUGAAAAAUAUAUCCAAAUGAUCAUUUCGUUCCAUCGGAGCAAGCUGCUGCCAGACGAACCUUUUGGGCUGCUCUAACAAUAAAUCGGAGGACAAGUCGUAGACGUAGCAGGUUGUGUUCGUGACGAUGCCUAUGCUAGCGGAGGACGUGGGCAAGCGGGUGGUCAACAACAGCCAGAACAGCAAAGUUCUUCAUCUUCUUCAUCUGGGACUCUAGGUGAUCAAGAUCAAAAGACGGCCUAUGCGAACCCUGGCGCGGGUCGUCAGGACCACGUCGAAAGAAGCAGCUCCUAUCCAGAGGAUAACUAAUAUGGCUGAGAGUGCUUCUUACAUGAUUUUUAGCUUCUUUGUCUGUGGUUAUCCCGGCAGAUGGGUUCUCUUACCUCAUUGCGGCAGACUACAUACUACACCACGUCCGUUGUACACCAUCAUUAGCUUGAUUAUUCGUUGUAGGAGCUAGUACAAACCGUCCCGAUACUAAAGCUCCUUUUCAUCUACACAUCUGGAAUGAAGUAAAGUUGUUAUGAUCCCGAUUCAUCAUCCGUGAAUGUGCUUGUUAUAAUUCCGAUUCAUCAUCUUAUAAGGUUCAUCUAAUCCUACCUGAUCGUUAAGGCUUUUCUCGGAAUUUAUUUUGCGUUGAGGUGGAUUUUCAGCUGAAUUCUCCCUACAGGGCGUGGAAGGAAUCCACUGUCGAUCCUGCUCAACCCGCGGAAAAGGAGUACAACUCGCUUGCUCAAGGGGAACAAAGUGUAACUCGUUUCUUUGCUCAGGGGGAAAGGAGUACAACUCGCUUGCUCAAGGGGAACAAAGUGUAGCUCGUUUCUUUGCUCAGGGGGUAAUUAUAAUGCUCAAGUUCAGGUGGAGGGAAACUACAAAAUUCACUCUUGUGCAGGAGACAGCGGGAGGAUAUUUUUUUGAAAAUCUCAAGUUCUAACAUUUCAUGUCAUCCCCACGGUUUGUAUGUACUCUCGGCGUUGUUGUUAAGGCUUACCCUUACUCUGCUUCCCUGUCACUGUAUAAUUUCUAAGGAUAAUUUUAGAUCUACUACGUGGACGUGCUGCCAAUUCUGCAUCCUCUCGAGUCAUGACGUUUCUCUUACAACUACAACUUGAAGUUACCUCUACUUACCUUUACCAGAAUCUCCUUCAUCUUCUCCCGCUGGUACCAGAAUCUUCUUGUAGAAGUUUAAGCUUGUUUACCUCUACAACAAUUAAAUAGACAGUGAAACGCAAACUUUCCCCCGUUUCUCCUCUCUUCUCCUUUCUAUUUAACUUACCCCCCCGAAUGGAUAAACUACCACUACUACGACUACGACGACUACUACUAGUCCCUAGGUGCCUCUCUAACACUCGGCAUCUCCUCAAACGGCUGUGGUUUCGAUGAUGAUCCUGCGCUGAAGCACCUCAAUGUCCGAUUUGCAGUGGCGGAAUUCCCCUUCUGUUAAGAAAUGGCGAUACAAGUGCUUGACACGUCGAUCUGAGCCUCGUCCACCUCCACUUAGUUAGGUUCGUACAGAGUUACUUAGGUAGUAGAUACAAGUAUAGGCAGCUGAAGGUCAAACCGAUGAAAUAUUGCUGGAGGUGCCUCUAAAAUCAGGUUCCGGUUAUGCGAGAAUACGCAUUGAAAACAGGUGCCAUUAGUCCCUCUCAAGCGAGUAUACAGUUAAGGUAUAUAAUAAACUACCUGCUUAGUGUACUAGCUACGAACGUUGAACCUACUUACUACUACUUGAUACCAACUGGUACUGUAGUAGAAGGCUUACCCAAUCAACAUAUGUGAGCUAACUCACACUUCUACUUGUUACUCAGAAGUUAUUCCUACUGUACUCGUACUCGUCUGCUUGUUCCCACUUGUUCCAAAAGAUUCUAACAUGAGAAAACCUGAAGAAAGGACGGACAGUCGCUUUGGUUCCAGGAGGAACAGCAGAAGCAAUGCACGCAGGAGUGAGGAGUAAUCUUAUUGCGGAAGAUGAAAAAGUGAAAGUAGAUAUGCGGAACUACACAAGAAAGUAGUUAUGUUGUUCUUCUAUACCCCUUGAUUGGGUACACUGCUACUACUAAUACUACUACUUCUUGUUGAUAAAAUUGGGUACUAAGAUGAUUCGUACUGGGAGAAACUUUGAUGAUUUGCACUAAGCUUAUAACUCUAGACCGGGUAUACUACUACGCACUACUACUACGAAUUCUACUACUUCUACUAGUAUGGUCUUGUUGGGUAAGAUGUCAUUCGUGGAACACGAAAGCGUAGGUGUGUUGUUGGGGAAAUUGGAAAUUCAUACUUUCGGUAAGAUGUCAUUCGUACUGGGAGAAGCUGUGUAAUGGUCCUGGGUAGUUGUAGACGUAAGAGACCACCAGGAUGGAUCUUCGGUACAUCAUGGGGUAAUGAAUUGUCUUCGGUACAUGAUGUGAAUCACAUGAGUUACAUAUCUCAUGAUGUGAUAUCCAACUCAGGAAGCAUGCGCUUUGUGUCGCUGAUGUACUAACUAACUAUAAGAACUAAAAAAGAAUCACAAGGAGCACUUAGUUACUCGCGCAUAAUCCGCCUAAUAUUUGAGUCUAAGACACCAACAUCAGCUCGUGGACAUACAGGAAAAAUGCGUUUGGUGCUGAAAGACCGGAAAGGAUUCAUACGCCAAGCAAGAAUGGCUCAAGUAAAGAUCAUUCCGGUUUUGCUUAAGGCUCAUUACGAUCAUUAAUAUCUGCUAUUUAGGUCUAACAACUUCAACUUUUUAUCCUUUUUCCACCUUCUUAGGUAACCCAAGGCUCUUCCAAAAAAAAUACCUGUAGAAAUCAUUUGCGAAGGAUUUCUGUAAGGGUGAAGGAUUUCUCUUUCUGUGAGGGAGCACACGAAACUGAAACAAGCCUGCUGCUCUAAGCUAAAGUUCGGAGAAAAUAGUUUGUAUCGACAAGUCACGUCUACGUGGAUCAACCGGUUUCAACUCCUUCAGAAAAAGUACCUUGGCGUGAUGUUGCCUGUUUUCUUUCCGACAAGAAGAAUUUUUAGUACGGAACACGGAAUAGGGGAACCGACUUGGGGAGCUGGGAGCAGUACAAGUACUGCCAGCAUGGUGGACAAAGAAUCGCUUGGGGGCGCGGCUGGGAGCACGAGUACAUCAAGAAGUACAACUCUUUCCUCCAUAAGCGGAAAAACUACAGGAUGCAAGAUGAGCAGUAGUCCUUGCACUUCUCGUACUUCUGCAAAAACAUCCACGACAACUUCGAGAGAAACUCUCUCUACCAGUCGUGCCUCUUCUUCAUCAAAAAACGCUGCUCCGCCUUCCUCUCGAUCUCCUUCUACGCUCUCAUCAUCUUCUUUAUCGCCUUCGCCAGUAUCAUCAUGUUGGUCUUCAUCUCCUUCUACGCUCUCAUCUUGUUCAUCUUCGUCUUCUACGGCGCCUUCUUGGGUUCAUAAUUUACCGGGUUUGGCGGGGUCUGGCAUUCGCUUGACAAUUGUGAUGGGUGAGCCUUUCGAUCCCUCCAUUUUUGCAGAUGUCGACAGUGCCCAUGCAGGUUAUUUGGACUACUUAUUAAGGUUAAAAUACAAAUAUUCCCAUUAA